CAUUAACGUAGGGUUUCUACCAACACCAAGUCAUUACCAUUUUUGUUGAUAUCUAAUUUUGGCUUCUUAAUCGUAACUGUUUUUCGACGCGUUAGAUUAAUAGCCUUAUAUAACGCAGGACUCUGAUCUCUGUAUCUAUUCUCUCGAAUGGGACCGUCACACGAACGCAGCCGACUCCAAACCGACCGAUGAGACUACGAUCGGAAUAGCGUAACAGCAUUGAUCGGUCUGGUAUCGGUAUCGUUGGUGUGGCUGUGGCAUAAUAGUAUCAAAGACCAAACAAAACGACAAAGGGAGUAUCCUCACGCAUGUUCCCUUUAUGGCAAUCACAUGGUUGGCAUAAGAACCAGAAGAAAUAAUCUAAGAGGGGUACGGUUUCAUCGGGUUUAUUCCGAGUUUGUGGAGGAUCAUUAUCAGCACAGCUAUUGUCUCUUCUAAUUAAGAAAUAAUGGAGCUGAAAUGUUCAAUUGUUAUACUUUUGUUGGCGCCGCUAAGCUUUGUAUACGGGCAAGACGCCGCAUACUGGAACAGCCAAGCUCGACAAGCCAUCAGCCGGGCUCUUGAUCUACAGAAGCUGAACAUCGGAGAGGCGAAGAACAUUAUCUUCUUCCUGGGAGAUGGAAUGAGUGUACCCACGGUAACAGCAGCCCGUAUUCGACAGGGGCAACUCAGGGGUGGGACCGGGGAGGAGAAUAACCUAGCCUGGGAAACAUUCCCACAUGUUGGAUUGAUAAAGACGUACAACACCGAUGCCCAGGUACCUGAUUCAGCCGGUACAGCGACAGCCUUCUUUUCAGGUGUUAAGACUAAAUCAGGAGUCUUGGGCAUCGACGACCGCGUCGAAUACAAAGAUUGCGAGAGCGGCAAGGGUGGCGAAGUCGACUCCGUUCUUGUUCAGGCCCAUAAUAUCGGGAAAGCAACGGGUAUCGUAAGUACAGCUCGCAUCACCCAUGCCACGCCCGGUGCUACAUACUCACAUUCAGCCAGUAGAGAUUGGGAAUCUGAUUUUGACAUUGCUGAAGAUAAUGAAGACGGAAAGGGCUGUAAGGACAUCGCCCUCCAACUCAUCGAAGACAACGCAUUUAUCAAGGUAAUCCUAGGAGGAGGAAGGGGAAACUUUUACAACGCUUCUGAACCCAGUCCCGAAGAUCAAGGUGAAGGCGGAUACCGAACUGACGGGAGAGAUCUUACUGAGGAAUGGAGGGAUGGUAAGGACAACGCUGUCUACGUUUGGAAUAAGGAUCAAUUUGACGCUGUUGAGGAGAGCACCACAGACUUUCUCUUUGGCCUCUUCGAAGAUUCUCACAUGAGAUAUGCCAGCGAGUCUGAAGAGGGUAAUGAUCCGAGUAUUGCUGCCAUGACUGAAAAAGCUAUCAGGAUCCUCAAAAAAGAAGAGAAGGGAUUCUUUCUCGCUGUUGAAGGCGGGCGUAUCGACCACUCUCACCAUGCUGGUAACGCCUACAACGCCCUUGGAGAUACCAUAGCAAUGUCAGACGCCGUUGCUAAGGCCUUAGAGAUGACGGAUGAUAGUGAUACACUUAUUAUGGUAACCGCAGACCACGCCCAUACGAUGGGGAUUGCUGGAUACCCUGACAGGGGUAAUAAGAUUCUUGGUUUAUCCGGGUCUAGCGGGGAGGACGAUUUACCCUAUACCACAUUAGCUUAUCUGAACGGGCCUGGUGCCAGAGCAGUUCGGGACAGUUACGUGAAUUUUGCGAUGAGAACAAACCUAACUGUUAUAGAUACAGAGGAACCUGAUUACCUCCAAGAGGCUAUAGUACCACUCAGGUCAGAAACCCACGGUGGUGACGAUGUAGCAAUCUACGCCACCGGACCAAUGGCACACCUUUUUCACGGGGUCCAGGAACAGAGUUAUAUUGCCCACGUGAUGCGUUACGCGGGAUGCUAUGACCAAUAUGACUCAACAAACGCGUGUCUAAAUUCUGCAACGAGCAUCGUCCCAGGUGCAGCUCGCGUUUCGCUGAUGGCCCUGGUGUCUGCACUGAUCACGUACUUAUUUUAAGACUGCAUCCAAGAAAAUAUUAGAUAACUUUUAUGUUAUCAUGAAAUGAUCACACCCGAUAUACGAUCCGAUUAAUCCGCGACCGGCCCGUGGGCUUGAGCAUGUGGCCAGGCUCAAGCCUCGACUGAUCGACUCCCACACAACUUGAGACUACGUUGAUAUCUGCUCCUUGCUAUGACGUCACGAAAAUACUGCUGACUGAUUGGAUGAAAGUUGGAAUGAUAUUGAUAAAGAGAUGCGAAGUAAUUGUAGCUAUCACGGGCUGCUCGCAUCUUGAUAAGAGCUAUAACGUCACAUCUAUUUAGUAGCAAACUGUCAAAAUAAUCUUAAAUGUGCAACAGUGCAGUGGAUAUAUGUAUCAUUCUAUAUGUGAUGAUGCAGCCACACCAGCCAUGUGUGUUUGAUAAAACAACGUCCAAUGCUGUAUAAAUUUUACUCAGAGUUGGGCAAAUAUUAUCCAUGUAAUUUGUUACCCAAUAAACGUGUAUUUUCCCUUGUUUACACAAUAUUGUGUAACGUUUUUCUCUUUAGAUAUAAAAAUAUAUGCGUAACUCCCUUUUCCUUCAUUCUUACUUCACUUCGGGUAGCAUACAGGCCUACUGCUCACGCCAUUUUGAAAGGAUUACAUAUUUUGUUAAGAACUAGAAAACAGAUACAAAUAAUUCAGGAAUGUUCUGCAAUAAUGGAUUGGGUGUACAUAAUGAAAUUGCCCAGAUUUUACAGUCAUGAUUCAAUUUACAUUCUGUGUUCUUUGAAUAAGACCUUGUAAGCAAAUGUCUUUGAACGGAAAUCAGCCUUUUUAUUUCUACAGUUUUAUUCAUUCUUUUAUUUUGAAAAAUAUGGAUCAAAGAGGUUCUCUUAAUCAUUAUCUAUUUGGAAAAAGAAAAUAAUAUCUCCUCAUCCUGACUGUUAAUGUAUGGAGUCAAUAUUAUCAUGAUUAUAGAUAAUCGCUUAUCGUUUUUCUUAUUUCUUAUGCAAUAAAAAUGAAUAAAGUUAAAUGAAAGAAUAAAAAGACCUUAAACACA